AUGAUGUCCAUGAACAGCAAACAGCCGCACUUCGCAAUGCAUCCCUCUUUACCCGAGCACAAGUACACCACUUUGCAUUCCAGCUCGGAAGCUAUAAGGAGAGCCUGUCUACAAACUCCACAGCUACAGAAUAACAUAUUUGCGAGCCUGGAUGAGACCCUGCUGGCCCGGGCUGAGGCUUUGGCGGCCGUGGACAUCGCCGUGUCCCAGGGCAAGACGCACCCGUUCAAGCCCGACGCCACCUACCACACGAUGAGCACGGUGCCAUGCUCGUCGACAUCCACUGUGCCACUGGCCCACCACCACCAUCACCACCACCACCACCACCACCAGAACCUGGAGCCACAGGAUAUCAUGGACCACAUCACCUCGCCGUCCCUCGCCCUGAUGUCCGGUGCGCACGACGGGUCCGGUGGAGGAGGCGGCGGCGGCGGCGGAGGUGGCGGCGCAGGGCUCAUCUCCACCUCCUCUGCCCACCCGCACUCUCACAUGCACGGCUUAAGUCACCUCUCCCACCAGGCUAUGAGCAUGAACUCGCCUCUCACCCACCACGGGCUCUUACCGGGCCAUCACGGGGGGAGCCAAGUCGGCCCAGGACUCACUAACACCGGACUCUCCUCCAUCAAUGACUCAGACACAGACCCAAGGGAGCUGGAGGCUUUCGCGGAGCGCUUCAAGCAGCGGAGGAUCAAGCUGGGGGUGACCCAGGCGGACGUGGGAGGCGCUCUGGCUAAUCUCAAAAUCCCCGGCGUGGGAUCACUGAGCCAAAGUACAAUUUGUCGAUUCGAGUCGUUAACUCUCUCCCACAACAACAUGAUUGCGCUCAAACCUAUCCUCCAGGCCUGGCUAGAGGAGGCCGAGGGGGCCCAGAGGGAGAAAAUGAGCAAACCUGACAUUUUCAACGGAGGGGAAAAGAAACGCAAGAGGACCUCGAUAGCGGCCCCAGAAAAGAGGUCUUUGGAGGCUUACUUCGCCGUACAGCCUCGGCCGUCGUCCGAGAAAAUAGCAGCUAUAGCGGAAAAGUUGGACCUGAAAAAAAAUGUGGUGCGAGUGUGGUUUUGUAACCAAAGACAGAAGCAGAAGAGGUUGAAAUUUUCCGCUGCUCACUGAUGGGCAAAGAAAAGAAAAAGAAAAAAAAAAAGUUAUGGGACCGAAUUUGGGGAC